CCGUCGAUCGAUUGCUCUGGCCUCCGUCUCCAUCCCGCGCAACAACAACACCCACCCACCCAUCCCCGCGGUGCCAUGUCGCUCUCAGUCGUUGCGGCUAAAACUUCGCCGGCGUCGGCCACCGCCGCCGCCGCCGCCAAAGGCAGGCGGAUAAUCCACCAGGUGCCCUUGGAGAUACUUGAAGAUCCACUGCUCCAGCAAGCUGUCGCCACCCUGCCAGGCAACUAUAAUUUUGAGAUUUACAAAACCAUCUGGAGGAUAAGGCAGGCCGGAUUCAGACGAGUGGCGCUGCAGAUGCCAGAAGGUCUCCUCAUGUUUGCCUGCACAAUUGCUGACAUAAUCGAGAGGUUUACGGACGCUGAGACGGUGGUGAUGGGCGACGUGACAUACGGAGCGUGCUGCGUGGACGACUUCACGGCCCGUGCUCUCGGGGCCGACUUCAUGGUGCACUACGGACACAGCUGCCUCGUCCCCGUGGACAUCACGCGCGACAUAAAGAUGCUCUACGUGUUCGUGGACAUAAAGAUCGACACGGCUCACUUCAUUGACACGCUGAGGUUCAAUUUCCCAAAGGGCUCCUCGUUGGUACUCGUCAGCACCAUUCAGUUCGUGUCGGCUCUGCAGGCGGCCGCCCAGGCCCUGCGGGACGACUUCGACGUGACGGUGCCGCAGAGCCGCCCGCUGUCCCCCGGCGAGAUCCUGGGAUGCACGGCGCCGCGCGUCGACAUGCCCGGCGCCGCCAUCAUUUAUCUCGGAGAUGGUCGCUUCCAUCUGGAAUCUAUCAUGAUUGCGAACCCGGAGAUCUCUGCGUACAGGUACGAUCCCUACAGCAAGAUGUUCACGCGCGAGGAGUAUGACCACGGGGCCAUGAGGGCGGCGAGGAAGGACGCCAUCGCUGAGGCCGCCAAGGCGAAGACGUGGGGACUCAUCCUCGGCACGCUCGGCAGGCAGGGCUCGCCCAAAAUCAUGCAGCACGUGGAGGACAGCCUGCAGAGAGCCGGACGGAAGUGUGUGCGGCUCCUCCUCUCGGAAAUCUUCCCCUGCAAGCUGCGCCUCUUCCAGGACGUGGACGCGUGGGUGCAGAUUGCCUGCCCCAGAUUAUCCAUCGACUGGGGGACUGCGUUCUGCAAGCCGCUUCUCACUCCUUACGAGGCGGCGGUGGCUAUCAAGCAAAUCGAAUGGCAGGAGCGCUACCCCAUGGACUUCUAUGCCAACGAGUCGCUGGGGCCAUGGACGGUGAACCACGAGUCCCACCGGCCGGCCCGGCCGCCACGGAGAGCACCGCGCGAGGCCGCGAAGGGCGGCAGUCCUGCCGAGGUGACGACGCUGACGGCGACGGCGGAGGAGGCGACGGCGCGGCCUUGCGUGCGGGACUGCGGCUGCGUGAAGGAGUCCGGCUCGGGCGCGCAAGCGUCGCAGCGCAGAGCCGAGGUGGCGCUCGGCUCCGCGCCGCCGGAGUCCGGCUCUGGGGCCGCCCCCCCCACCGCGCGCUUGGAGCCGGGCGGCCGGAUGGGCGCGGAGGACAGCUCGGAGCAAAGCGGCGGCGGCGGUCGGACGCAAGAGGAGCCCGAAAAAAAGUAGUUUUGUGCAAUUGCAAGAUUGCACUGAACUUGCCUGCAAGUGGCACAAGCACAUUUGUGGGGGGCCUGUUUCGUGAUUUCCCUGCACCUGUCAAGUCACGUACGCGCGUUCAUUAAAGUGGCUCGUAAGUCAUUGGUUUGAAAUUCUUUCUCGACGCGGGCACACUCGGGGUGCCAAAGUUCGAAAUGAUUUCUCGCCUCGGGGUCCAGGCACCUGCUCAUGCCUCUGGCACGGGCGAGUCAACAACUUUUGACGUCGCCCUUAACGGGUGACGUCAAAAGUGGCCUGAACUCGUGUCACUGGGUUCAUGACGCAUUGUGCUGUUCACUGCGCCGCCGCAUCUGUGACACAUGUUUAGAGGUUUACACAGCAAUCCCUUAUAUUUGCAUUUAUUUCAUUUUAAUCCAUUGUAAAUUUAGCAACAACUCAUUUGAGGAUAUCAAAUUCCACGGCGGUGUUAUGUAGGAAAUCUCAUUUAUAGAACCCCUUAUAAGUAUAGAGUUGCUCCGUGUGACAUUGGGAAAAUGUAGACCCCUGCAGUCAAUGCAGAUGCACAGUGAAUUACAUGACUUAACCUCCAGCGUCUCAAUCAAUGAAUUGAUUUUCUAAAUGUUCGUUACUAAACACCUCUUCAAUUGUGCUGCUUAACUCUCGAAUCCGACACCGACGCUCUCUCGCAUAAAGCCGUGGGCGAGGAUUACUCCUUUAAAACGUCUCGGGGAAAAAAAAAAAAA